AUGUCGUCGAUGGACACAAGAUCAAUAAUCGAGUCCCACCGCCCUGGCGCGGAGGUCUACACGGGUGCAGCCCUCUGCAGGCAAAAGGCUCUUGAACUCCACGACAAAUUCCACCUCCCUAGGGGCCUCCUCCCUCCCGUUGACCUCGAUGAGGUCGGCUACAAUCAAUCGACCGGCUUCGUAUGGAUGCGACUAAAGAAGGCUACCACACACAAAAACAAGAAGAUCGGCCAACUCACUUCCUAUGGGCAGGAGGUCACAGCAUUCAUAGAGGACUGGGGGAUGAGAAGGAUGACUGGGGUAAAGAGCAAAGAAAUGUUUGUUUGGAUGACGAUUUCGGAGUUUUUUAUACACAAAAGGGAUCCCGGGAUGAUCACAUUCAAGUCGGCAUUGGGGCUAUCGAAGUCACUUCCGGUAGCAGUGUUCGAGGAGGAGUUAGCGGAUGAGGAAGGAGGGAAGUGA